AUUUCUUUAUAUAUAACCACCCCACAGAUUAUCUCUGAUUAUUGCAGCAUAUAAAUUAUUUGAACUGAAACUUGAUAACACCUCCUGACUGCUUUGAAUAUUCACUCCGUAAAGGUAAACAAAAUCAGAAAAAAUUGUCUUUCAAUGUGCUUACGUAUUCAAUGUUUUAUACCAUUAAAAUAGCAGUAAUUUAACAAAUAAUAUACUUGGACUACGUAAGAAGGUCCAAUUCAACUAUCCUAGCUACUGAUUGCAAAUAGACUUCAUCAAUGUGGACCUGGAAAAGAUUUAACAAGGGGGCGGAUCUGAGUGAAGUUUUCAAGUUUUGCUUUCAGUGAAGUUUCACUUUUAUCAAACACAAGUCAUAUUCAUUGUAUAAGCACAGGAUUUUAUUCUGAUUUGUUUUUUUAACUAACAGAAGUUAAAAGCCAACAUAAACAUAUUUUUCAUGACAAGUCAAUAAGCUGAACUGAACAACUACAAAAGCGAUGAAGCUCAAGUUGUUAAUCUUAACGGUGAUUGCAACUGUUGGAUUUCCUUCAAGAAUAUAUGCUGAUAUUGAGUUUCUCAAGAAUCCUGAACCAACAGCCGUUAUAUUUGGACAUGAUACGAGAUUUGAUUGCAGUGCCAUUGAUGUCCCAGAAAACAGACCAAUUUCUUAUCUUUGGUAUUUUAACGGAGAUCAUAUAUCGGUGACUCUUCCAAAGGCUUCAGUUUUCCAAAACCAGUCACUUUACAUCCCGAAGGUGAACCAGGAGGCACUUGGGAUAUAUCAGUGUCAGGUUAGCCUAGCAGGAAUCUCAGAUUCAACUAAAACAAGCCAGGAGGCCACAUUAGUCGAAGCAUUUAUAAAUAAAGAUUUCUAUGAGAACCCUGGCAACAUAACAACCCAGGAUGGAAACAUCACAGAGUUGCGAUGUAUCACUCCGAUCAGUGCACCACCUUUUAGUGUCAGCUGGGAAAAAGAUGGACAGCCAUUCACCAAGGGCAGCCAAGUUACAGCUAUAUUUGGUGAUAAAGGUGAUGGUGGAGCUGCCAGGGUGAGUGUUGACCUCCAGUUCAAAACAUCAUUGGAACUACAGGGUGUCUACAGGUGUGUGGCAGUUAACCUGGUUACUAAACAAACAGUAAGGAGCUAUCCUGGCACAGUCAGCGUCACUUUGAUCACAAAAAGGCCAUAUUUUGAGACAGAACUCCCCCGCAGUGUGAUGGGCAGCCUGGACCAUCCGUUCACUGUUGAUUGUCACAUCGUUGGCACCCCCACACCUACCAUCACUUGGCGCAGGGGGGCUAGGGCUGUCAUAGCAACAAAAACUAUUUAUGUCUUCUCAAAUGGCUCUCUGCAUUUUACACAGUUAGCUAAUGGGGAUUCUGGUCAGUACAGCUGUAUAGGCAGCAAUAGUGAAGGCACAGUUAGAAGUAGACCUGUCAGAAUAUCAGCUGCAAGUAUUGGAUUGGUUUUCAAAACAGAGCCAAUAGAUGUAGUAGCAGUUGCUGGAAGAUCUGGCUCUCUGCUUUGCCAGCCACCAGACAGCACCCCUCCUGCAAAAAUAAUCUGGUAUAAAGAUAACACUAAGUUUAUCGAGCGGCAAGGCAUUUAUGCAGUCAAAAUUUUACCCUCUGGGGAACUUUUUUUUACCAAUGUGCAAUUAGAAGAUGCUGGAGAUUAUUUCUGUGUUGCUAUCAAUGAGUUCGCAAUGCCAUCAACGAGGACAUCCCGGAAAGCAGUAUUAACAAUUAAAGCUAGUCCUAUAUUUACACAGCCACCAGUGCCCCAAUCUAUCAUCAAGGGCAGGUUGCUGCAUAUGAUCUGUCGUGUGUCUGGGGACCCAGCACCCUCUAUAUCAUGGUACAAUAACAAUGGGGAGAUCACCACAGCAGAUCCCAGAGUAACUUACAGGGACCUUAAACAAGAAUUAAUUUUAAAUGAUGUCAACAAACAAGACGAGGGAACUUAUUUCUGCAGAGCAUCUAAUGUUUAUGGAUCUCCUUCAAGUCCCCAGGUCUAUGUACAAGUGAUAGUCCCCCCAGAGAUCAUUGACAGUGUAGAAGAUGAAAUUGUGUCUGAGGGAUUCAGUAUAUUGAUGAAGUGUGGAGUAUAUGGUGACCCAACACCCUCUGUAACAUGGUACAAAGAUGGAAUAGAGUUGAAGCCUCUUCCUAGUCAUAUGUCCAUGCUGACAAAUGGUCUUAGUAUAUACCCCGUGGAUAGCUCAGAUUCUGGCCUCUACAGAUGCAGGGCUGUGAACAUUGGAGGUGUGAAAGAGAGGGAGGGGCGUCUAACUGUCCAAGUUUUCCCCAAGUUUGUUCUGAAACCUUCUGACAGAACAGUGAAUAAAUCCCAAGGUGUCGUCUUAGAGUGUGUUGCCACAGGAUCCCCACAACCUCAACUCACAUGGCUGUUCAAUAAUUCUGAGAAUCUGCCUACAGGUGUUGUGAUGUCACAAGACCUGACAUCAUUAAUUAUCAGAAACAUACAGGAAAAACAUGCAGGGAAAUUCACAUGCAGGGCAACUAAUGUAAUACAAACCAUAGAAGCCUCUGGAAUAAUCACAGUACAAGUAAAACCUUUAAUUGCAAGUAUAGAUGGAACUUACAUCAUCCAACAAAACCGAGAUUUGUUAUUGACAUGUGUGGCUCGAGGAGACCCAAGUCCUGGUUUUCAAUGGUAUAAGGGGCGCAAACUGCUGACUCACUCAUUGGACUCUCGAGUAACGUUCCCGCAAGCAAAUCAACUCCUCGUGAAAUACAUGCGCAAACAGGAUGCAGGAAUAUUCACAUGUGUUGCCCACAAUGCAGCUGGACUAGAUGAGCUGGAUGUGGCGGUAUAUGUAAGAGAUCCUCCAAGGCCUCCAGUGCUUUUGACGCCCUUUGCCAUCUCAACACGGUCGAUAAAUGUGACCUGGGUCCCUGUACAACAAGAUGUUAACAAUAACGUGUCAUAUUUUGUUGUACAAUACAGAGAGGAUAGGAUACCACCAAUGGAAUACCUAACUUACCGAGAUGACAUUCACCCAGACAUGACAUCACUGGAACUAGGAGGGCUACGACCUGCGACACUCUACCUUGUCAGGAUGGCGGCAAGAAAUGAAGUUGGUCAAGGCCAGUUUGGAAGUGAACUAGUGACAAAAACCUAUGAAACAGCCCCAUCUAUGCCAAGGAAUAUGAGAUUAGUAAAGGGAGGUCCAAGAGAGGUGGACGUUGCCUGGGAAAUGCCUGAGUUCAGUAAUGGACAAAUUAGAACAUAUCAAGUCCACAUAAGACUAUCAGCAGAAGAAGAAUUCAGAGUAUCUGAGAUAGAGGUGCCGACAUUACCAUUACAGAGAUGGACAUUGAAGGGACUACACCCAUACAGGAUGUACCAGGUGAAGGUUAGGGGAGCAACAAUACAAGGCACAAUGGAACUCUGGGGAAACUUCUCAGAUCUCAUGUCAUUCAACACCUCUAUGGCUGAGCCUGACACCGCACCCUCUGGUGUGAAUGUGACAGUUCUUUCCAACACAUCAUUCCACAUUCAAUGGAAGAAAAUUCCAUUUGAAGAUGAGAAUGGUCCAAUCAGGGAAUACAAGGUCAUCUACACUGAUCUACUGACUUCUGUUGUUUAUUCCAAGACUGUAGAUGCCACUAGGACAAACAUUUCUCAUAGUCUCCACCCUUGGAGAGAGUAUAGUAUACAGGUGUUUGGUUACAAUGAUGUAGGAUCAAGCCCAGGAAGUGCUACUCACAUUGUCAAGACAUUACCUGGAGUGCCAACUGGUGCUCCAGCAGAUGUCAAUGCAACUGCCUUGACUUCAAGUGACAUCUUUAUUCAGUGGAAGGAGUUGGAACUAACUAGAAGGAACAGUAUUAUAUCAGGAUAUGACCUCCAGUACAAGUUAUCAGGAAGUGGAGACAACUAUACCAGUGUGUUUGUAAAUGCUACAAUAUUCUCAUAUCUCAUCAGUGGCCUCCUGCCCUAUACAUCAUAUGACAUCAGGUUGAGGUCAUUUACAGAUCAGAUAGAUGGUGGACUGGGACCUUUCACAGAUCUUACCACAGUGGAGACCCUACAGGACUUACCCGGCCCUGUAGCAAAUGUGGUUGCCAUUUCAAGUUCAUACAGCGUAACAUUAUCUUGGGAACCCCCUCUACUACCCAAUGGUAUUGUGACGUCAUACAACAUCACUUACAAACAGAUUCCAGUGCCUCCACCAAAAACGUCCAAAUAUUUUGGAAAUGAAUUGAAGUUAAGGGACAGCUAUUACAGUCCAGGUGCCAAACAAGCCUGGUUGGACCCACAAAUCAAAUUAAGCCCUGGAAGGUUAAGCAAAUGGAGCAUUAUGGUGCACCCUGGGAUAAUUGAAGACACUCCUGCCAGGCUGCAGAUUUGGCAAGUCGUAAAUCGGGAGUUGGCCACGGGUCAGUUCAAGUUGGUCUGGGAGAAAGAGGUCUUAAUUCGCAGUUCAGCUGGACAACAGGAGUUUCUACUUAAUGACACCGAGCAGUUUACAGUGAAUGCUGAAAAUCGUGUUGGUUGGCAGUUUGAGACAGACCUUGGACCAAUCAGCUAUGAGCAUUCCUUGGGCCAUGAUAUAUUUUUCCUUGGAAUCAAAGAUGGCGCUGCACCUAUCAUCGGAAACAGCUAUCAGUUUUUACGAAAACCAUCAACAAUUUUCUCAAUAGGUGUUGAUGUAGAGGUUUCAGGCAACGAGUCAAGUAUUAUUACGUCAAACCCAUCAAUAGAUUACAACACAACAUAUGUCAUGGCAACAGAAAACACAAGUGUCGUCAUUGACAACCUCCUGCCCUCUAGUCGCUACAGGUUCACAGUAGUUGCUGAGACUGCGGCAGGAUUGGGGCCAGUAGCUGUGGAAACAACAGCAAAAACACUUACCUUGACAACACAGGUUGUUACCACGGAUGCCCCUACAUCUGAAAGUGAUGUCACAACAGAUGCUUUGACAACAGCUCUUCAAACCUCACCACCGUUAGCACAAGGAUUAAGUGAACGUGACGUCCCUAUUGUGAUUGGUGCAAGUGUCGUAGGAGGACUCGUAUUGAUUAUUAUUGUGGCUGUGAUUGUUUACUUUUGUUGUCGCCAUAGACGACAAAAACAAAGGAGAAACAAACCGAUUUAUUUUGUGCCUCCCCCUAGUGCAAUACCAACAGAGCGCUCUGUAGCUGCUGGCACACAAGCUUCUACCAGGGAUCCUGAUGCCACCAUAGACCAGCUCUCCACAGAUCUAGAUUAUGACCCCACCCCUGAGAUCGAGCAGAGACCUCUCCCCAGGGGCGAGGGAGGGGGCCACCACAGAGGUGAGGGUAGGGCCUAUCCUAGAAGCUCACAAUCUUCCCAAGAACCCUCCAGUAGGCAAUAUAGAUCUGAUAGGGGGGACACCUAUAAUGAAGAUUAUGAAACCAUACAGGAGCUUGAGGUGACCAGUACAGGUAUAACAGGCAUCUCAAAUCCUGGGUUCCGGGCCAGUGAUCUCCCUAUAGAGCGUCCACCAGGUGGCUCUGAUGUUGUUCCAACAGUUCCAACAGAUCCAGUCUAUGCACAGGUUGAUCGGGCCAAGAAAAACCGCAUGCGUAGUCGAAGUGCAGCAGCUAUUGCAGCGCAAAGAAAUAGAGCUAGUGCUUUAUACCAAGACACUGAUUCCCUUGUGAAUAAUGAAUCCGUGGUAGUUUAUGACGAACGGACUGCUUUAUGAGAUCUGCAUUUGUAAAGAAUUGAACUAGUUGGAAUAUAAACUAGUUAAGCUUACAGGUCAUACUAUUAUUCUAUUCCUUUGAUCCAACCAAAGGAUUGUAUCAAAAGAUAUUUACAAGAAGUAAAAUGGACAAGGAUAGUCAGAGUAAUUCCUUCAGAUGAGGCUGUGACGUAGUUGAAAGGAUUUAAAUGAAGAUGGAGGAAAAAGUAUGAUAUUAAUAUGACCUGGAGAAUGACAGUGUGUUGUACAAAGUUCAGCAAUCUCCAGGCAGAGAAUUGACACUGAAUAUUUAAUGCAAUAGAAAUGCAAAUUGAUAUAUUUGGGCUGGCCCGUAUAUUAGUACAUUGCAGGUGCUGUUUAGUUUUGAUAUAGGUGCUGUGCAUAUAUUGAAGAAAUAAUUAAUGAGCUUUAUGAUUCAAUAUAUCUGUAUGGUUAAAUGCAUCUUUCUUCAAAGCAUGCCAAUUUCUAAAGCCAGUUCAUAGAAACUAUGUCAUCAUAAAUUGUAAGCAGUACAAGAUCAAUGAUAUAUAUAUAUUUAAUAAUUGCGUAAUUAAGUGGUACAUGUACUUAAUGAAAUUGGGAAACAUUUUUUUAAAUCAAAAAAUAAUUAUUUGAUUAUUUUAAGAGUACAAUUUAGUGCCCAGCCUCAACAAAACAUAACUACUUAAAGGUAAUAGAUCAUCAGAGCAGCAUUUCCUGGAGCUGUACACAAUACUGUAUAAAACUUGAAUUUAUAAUUGUUUGACUUGCAAGAUGGUAACACAACUGAAACCUUGUGAAUCACCACUGAACUCACAAUAAGUACUUAAGAAAUUUAAAUCUUUUAUCACAAUUCAGGCUUAGCUGUAUUGCUUUUUAUUAAAUUAUUUUAUUGUACAGUGUGAUAUAUGUAAGAGAUGAUGUUGAUUGAAUCAUUGUUGAAGACAUUUUAAAACAUGCAAUAUUUCAUGCAGUAUUAAGGCUAAGGUAAGUUAAUUAUCUGGCUCUGAUUCUUUUUUGUUUUAGCUUGAACUUGACAGCGAUGUCUUGCUAUCUUUCAGAUGAAAUCAUAAAAUAGAACAUAGAAGUAGGUACCUAGUUAAAUUAAUUUGUCUGGUUGAUAACAAUUUUACUUGAUGUUUUAGUGACUGUAAAACUCAAUGAUCAAUGCGGAUGGGGAAUUGGGGAUGCAAGGCCUGGGAUGCAAUGUAGUUUUAGGGACACAUAUGAAAAAUAGUGGGUGUCUCACAGGUAUUAUAACUAGAGAAUGAUCUUACCGUAGCCUUAUAUUUAUUAACUUGUCACAGGUUAGAUGUUGUGUAUUUAUUACAUAAAUUUUACAUGAAUAUUUUUCACAUUUGUUGUCAUUACAUGUACUUGUAUUUAUAACUUGUAUGUUGUUGUGGUUCAUCUGGAAAAGUUUUUUACAAUUUUGUGUUGAUCAACGUGGCACAAUUUACAUAAGAAUAUACUUCAAUAUCAUAAACCAAUGUGCACUCAAAAUUAAAAUAGCAUUUGGGGAAGGGUUAGAGUCAAAUAUUUUUGUGUUUAAAAACCAGUUUGUUUUGUUGAUAUACAUUGCAUUAAAUAAACACACUAUUAAUCAGCAGCUAGGGCUCUAUAAAAGGGAUAUAGGGAGGGAGGGCUCAUCCUUAAAUGUAAGAAAUUACAUUUUCAGACAACAUCAAUAUAUUUGACCUACUGCAUUGAGCUCAUUAAGAGAAUUUAAGUGAUGUGCCAUAGCGAUUCAAGUGCUAUUAAAAAUAUUUUUUAGUGUAGUACAAAAUUAUAAGAAAAUAUUUGUUGUAAAUGUGGAGCUCAAUUAUUAUAUGUAAACACAUGCUGCUAAACCAUGUAUUUUAUCACAAGUGAAAUAUGCUUGAUAUGUUUUAUAUUCAAAGAAAUAUAUACAAUUUUAAAGCUUUAUAUUGUGUUCCUUCAUUCAAAGAUAUUUGGGAAAUAAUAUCUCUUUUAUAUAGGAUACCGCCUUCAAUAUUAUUUGCAUUAAAAUCAAGUUUCCAAGAA